AUGAAGAAACGACGUCUAGGGCACUUUGUGCCGUGGGUGACUGCCUUUCUCACAAAUCGAAGCACCAAGCCAAUCCAGCUGCGCGAUGAAGUUGAAAUAAAGCCCAAAGAAGCUGUCAAAUAUCUCGGCAUCUGGCUUGAUACGAAGCUAAGCUUUGACACACAUCGUGAUGAAGCCAUUGCAAAAGCAGGCACCAGCCUGGAAGCUCUACGUGGCCUAUCAGGAUCCACAUGGGGGGUCGCACUAGGCUCCAUGAGAAGGAUCUAUCAAGCAAUUGUUAUCCCACAGAUGCUGUAUGGCCCUGCAGCCUGGUUCCAACCAGACCUUAUGAGCCAGAGGCAAAUUAUACAAACUGUACGCAAAUUUACAACUAUCCAAAAGCGCGCAGCGUGCCUGAUCAGCGGUGCUUUUUGUACAACGGCUGCGGAGGCCCUCAAUAUAGAGCUUCACCUAAUGCCAAUCCGGUUGCAACUGGAUCAACUCACAAAGGCUGUAGCUAUCUGGAUCCGCACAGGUCCUGCCUUUGCAAUUCCUGACGGCCUAGUCAAUCGACGCACCAGCGACGAACUCAAGCUUGGCGGAUACACUCCUAUGGAAGCUCAUGCCUGGAAGAAGGGCGGAUGCUUAUUGGCUCCCCCCGGAACCUUGGCAGGGAAAUGGGAGAGCUGA